UUCAGCCGAGACGGAGAGGAGAUGAUUCACGUCAUCAUCUGGAUUUAACACUGUGAACAUAAAUUACUCUGAGCAGGUAGACACAGGUGUGCUGCACGGCGUGGGGGUGAAAGCAGGCACAGCGUCUUUAAUCUGCAGAAGAAGAUGUUCCCUGUGGAAACUCAGCGGUGGAUCAGACUGGUCGUACAAGUCAGAAGAUGGUUGACACUGAAACAUCAAAACAAGCAUCAGAACAUCAGAGUGAUCAGGUGUCUCAGUGUAAACGGGUCUAACUGCUGAAUAUGCUGUAAAACCUGAGCUUAAGGAGGAAUAGCAGACGGUGUGGGUUACUGGACUGUGCUGAACAUUCCAGAAGGAGUUGUUCAUCAGUUCGCAGAGAAAUUAAAGGAAAAAGUGGAGAAACGCAGAGCAGUUAAAUAACAUCCCAGCAGCUCCGCCGCAGCUCAGCAGAUCAGGAGUAAAAAGGACGGAUGGUAAGAAGAGAAGAUCUGUAUGAUGGAGCAUCAGAACUCCAGCAGUGGAGGAGGAGCCUCUGGCCUGAAAUUCCAGAGAGACAGUGCAGUGUCCAGCUGUGUGUCUAUGAAGAGUGGUUGGUCCAUUGGGAACCCUCCUAAUUUCAGCACAGGGGGAGGAGAACCUAGCUGUGUGUCUAUGAAGAGUGGUUGGUCCUUUGGGAACCCUCCUAAUUUCACCACAGGGGGAGGAGAAUCCAGCUGUGUCUCUAUGAAGAGCGAGUGGUCCAUUGGGAACCCUCCUAAUUUCAGCACAGGGGGAGGAGAACCCAGCUGUGUGUCUAUGAAGAGUGGUUGGUCCAUUGGGAACCCUCCUAAUUUCAGCACAGGGGGAGGAGAACCCAGCUGUGUGUCUAUGAAGAGUGGUUGGUCCAUUGGGAACCCUCCUAAUUUCAGCACAGGGGGAGGAGAACCCAGCUGUGUGUCUAUGAAGAGCGAGUGGUACAUUGGGAACCCUCUUAAUUUCAGCACAGGGGGAGGAGAACCCAGCUGUGUGUCUAUGAAGAGCGAGUGGUCCAUUGGGAACCCUCCUAAUUUCAGCACAGGGGGAGGAGAACCCAGCUGUGUGUCUAUGAAGAGUGGUUGGUCCGUUGGGAACCCUCCUAAUUUCAGCACAGGGGGAGGAGAACCCAGCUGUGUGUCUAUGAAGAGUGGUUGGUCCAUUGGGAACCCUCCCAAUCUUGGCAGUAUAGUGGUGCCUUCUGACCCAGAGAAGUGUUUCACAGAUGAAGCACUGCAGACAAACCAUCUGGCAGAAGGAACAGGUGAACGACAGCAGAAGUCUUACGAACAAGCUGAUGAUGUCCUGCACAGAGUCUUAGAGAAAUACAAAACUAACAUGAAGAACAAAUACGAGAUCUUAUUUGAGGGAAUCAAAACAGAAGAGAACAAAACCCUCCUGAACAGGAUUUACACUCAGCUCUACAUCAUAGAAGGAGAGAGUGAAGGAGUGAAUAAGGAACAUGAGGUUCUACAGAUGGAGAAAACAUCCAGGAAACAACUACAUGACGCUCCAAUCAACUGCUCAGACAUCUUUAAAUCUGCACAAGGUCUUAAAAGAGAAAUGGAAAAAGAAAAUGUUAGAGCUGUGACAGAAAAAGAGUUCAGACACAAAGCAAGAAAAGAAGACAAAGAACUAGGAGUGCAAAAUCUCAGAGCAGUUCUGACUAAAGGCAUCGCUGGAAUUGGAAAAACUGUCUCUGUGCAGAAGUUCAUUCUGGACUGGGCUGAAGGAAAAGCCAAUCAGGAUGUAGAACUCAUGAUUGUGCUUCCGUUCCGGGAGCUGAACCUGAUUAAAGACGAUCACUACAGUCUUCAUGGACUUCUGUGUGCCUUCCAUCCUGAGCUCAAAGAUCUGGAUCCAGAUAGUUAUGAUCAGAUGAAAUCUGUGUUUAUAUUUGAUGGACUGGAUGAAAGCAGAAUUCCACUGGACUUUGAAGAGUGUGAGAAAGUAUCUGACAUCACCAUGACAUCAUCAGUGGGUGUGUUGAUGACCAACCUCAUCAAAGGAGAGCUGCUUCCCUCUGCUCUGAUCUGGAUCACCUCCCGACCAGCAGCAGCCAGUCAGAUCCCUCCUGAACACAUCAACCGUGUGACAGAGAUUCAGGGAUUCAAUGACCCACAGAAGGAGGAGUACUUCAGGAAGAGGAUCAGUGAUGUAGACCAAGCUGAGAGAAUCAUCUCCCACAUUAAGGCAGCGAGGAGCCUCCACAUCAUGUGCCACAUUCCAGUCUUCUGCUGGAUCUCAGCCACUGUUCUUCAGCAGAUCAUGAAGCAGCAUCAUACAGAAGUUCCUAAAACCCUGACUGAGAUGUACUCGCACUUCCUGAUCACUCAGACAAACAUGAAGAAUGAGAAGUAUGAGGAGAAAGAUGAGAGAGACCCAAAGAACCUGCUGGAGUCCAACAGAGCCAUUCUUCUGAAACUGGCUGAACUGGCUUUCAAACAGCUGAUGAAGGGCAAUGUGAUGUUCUAUGAAGAGGAUCUGAGAGAGAGCAGCAUUGAUGUCACUGAGGCCUCAGUGUAUUCUGGGAUUUUCACUGAGAUCUUUAGGGAGGAAUGUGUGCUUCACCAGAGGAAGGUCUACUGCUUCGUUCACCUGAGCUUUCAGGAGUUCCUGGCUGCUGUUUAUGUAUUUUACUGCUAUGUGACUGAGAACAAUAAGGUAUUGCGGAUUUUUACACCAGAGGAGAAAUUGAGGAGUGCUCCACUGUAUUGCUUGCUACAGAGCAUUCUGGAUAAAGCUCUAAAGAGUCAGAAUGGACACCUAGAUCUUUUCCUCCGUUUCCUGGUGGGCAUCUCACUGGAGUCCAAUCAGAGACUUCUCUGGGGCCUCCUGGAUGAUGAAGACAGUGGCUCAGAGGACAUCAUACAGUACAUCCAAGAGUUAAUCAACAGAUCUCAAUUUAAAGUGACUUACACAAAGAGCAACUCAGAGAAAACCAUAGAGCGCAUCAAGGGCUUAAUCAAAGAAUCUGAUCGAUUUUCCCACAAACAGAGCAAUGCAGAGAAACCCUUGGAGGUAAUCAAAGAGCGUAAUGAUAAACAGACUCAGACAGAGAGCAUCUCAGAAAAAAACAUAGAGUCAAUCAAGAAAUUCAUCAAAAAACAUGAUGAACAUACAGAACAUACAGAGAAAAGCAUAGAGCUCAUCAAAGAGCAUGAUCAUAAACUGACUCAAACGGAGAGCAUCGUGGAGAAAAGCAUAGAGUUCAUCAAAGAGCAUGAUCAUAAACUGACUCAAAUGCAGAGCAUCGCGGAGAAAAGCAUAGAGUUCAUCAAAGAGCAUGAUCAUAAACUGACUCAAACGGAGAGCACCGCUGAGUUAAUCAAUGAACAGGACUUUGAACAGAUUUUUACACGGAGUAGCUCAGUAGGUUAUUUUAAAGUUCCUGCUGUUAAACUGAUUCAAACAGAGAGCAUCUCAGAGAAAAUCAUAGAGCGCAUCCAGGGCUUAAUAAUAAAAUAUGAAACAUCGACUCAAACACAGAGAAUUUCAGAGAAAACCACAGAGUUAAUCAAAGGCUCUGCUGAUCAACAGACUCAAACAGAGAGCAUCUCAGAGAAAACCAUAGAGUCCAUCAAGGACUUAAUCAAAGGACAUGAUAAACUGACCCAUGCACAGAGAAGCUCAGGUAAAACCAUAGCAUUAAUCAGAGACUUAAUCAGAGGAUAUGAUGAUAAACUGAUUUACACCAUAGAGUGCAUCAAAGACUUAGUCAGAAUAUAUGAUUUUGAUUUCAUUCAGAUAACAAACAGCACAGAGAAAACAAUGGAUUGCAUCAAUAACUUAAUCGAAGAGUAUUACUGUACACUGACCCAGGCAAAGAGCAGCUCAGAAAUAACAAUAGAGAAAAUCAAGAAAUUAAUCAAAGUAUAUGAGUAUACAUUGACCCAGGCAAAGUGGAGUUUAAAGAAAACAAUAAAGUACAUCAAGAAAUUAAUCAAAGGAGAAGACAAACAGUGUCACCUCUCAACUGAAAGAUCUCUCAAUCUUUUCCUCUGUCUGUCUGAAAUGAAUGACCAGUCUCUCUCCAGUGAGAUUGAUAAGUAUCUACAAUCCGAGAAAUGCUCAGAGGAGGGGCUGUCUCCUGGACAGUGUUCAGCACUUGCCUGCAUGCUCCUGACCUCAGAGAAGGUGCAGGAUGAGCUGGACCUGAAGAAAUACAACACAUCAGAGGCAGGUUAUAGGAGACUGAUCCCAGCAGUGAAUGUCUACAGAAAAGCUCUACUAGCUGGUUGUAAUUUCACUGUGGAUACCUGUGAAACUCUCUGCUCAGCUCUACAAUCAGAAAACUCUGCCCUGAGAGAGCUUGACCUCAGUAAUAAUGACCUGCAGGAUUCAGGAGUGGAGCUCCUUCUUGUUGGACUGAAGAGUUCACACUGUAAACUGGAGACACUCAGACUCUCAGACUGUAAUCUCACAAAGGACUCCUGUAAAACUCUCUGCUCUGCUCUGAAAUCGGUAAGGAGUUUGGAUCUCAGUAAUAAUGACCUGCAGGAUUCAGGAGUGAAUCUGCUUUCUGCUAGUAUGAAGAGUUCUCUCUGUAAACUUGAGAUACUCAGACUGGCUGGCUGUAAUUUCACCGCAAACUCCUGUGAAAAACUAGCAUCAGCUGUAAAAUCAGUCAGCUCCUCCCUGAAAGAGCUGGACCUCAGUAAUAAUUAUCUGCAGGAAUCAGGAGUGGAGCUGCUCGCUGCUGAACUGAGGAGUUCACACUGUAAACUGGAGACACUCAGACUAGCUGCCUGUAAUCUUGAGGGAAAGGCUUGUGAAAAUUUCAGAUCAGUUCUGCAAUUAGUAAACUCACCCUUGAUAGAGCUGGAUCUCAGCAACAAUGAUCUACAGGAUUCAGGAAUGGACCUUCUCUCUGCUGGACUAAAGAGUCCACAGUGUAAACUGGAGAUACUCAGAUUAGCCCUCUGUUAUCUUGGGGGGAAAUCUUGUGAAACACUGGGAUCAGCCCUACAAUCAGUAAACUCCUCCCUGAAAGAGUUGGAUCUCAGUAACAAUGACCUGAAGGAUUCAGGAGUGGAGCUGCUUUCUGCUGGACUGAAGAGUUUAUACUGUAAACUGGAGACACUCAGAUUGUCUGGUUGUAUGGUCACCAAUGAAGGUUGUUCUUCUUUGGCUUCAGCUCUGAAAUUGAACCCUUCUCACCUGAGAGAACUGGAUCUAACCUACAAUCAUCCAGGAGACUCUGGAGUGCAGCUGCUCUUUGAUCUACUGGAAGAUGCAUGCUGCACACUGGAGAAACUUCAACUGGAAUAUAGUGAGACAAUUGGGAUGAAACCAGGACUGAGGAAAUAUGCCUGUAAGCUCACUCUGGACCCAAACACAGCGCACACACGUCUGUGUUUAUCUGAGGAGAACAGGAAGGCGGAGUGUGUGCAGAAGCAUCAGCCAUAUCCAGAUCAUCCAGACAGAUUUAAUCACUAUGAGCAGGUUCUGUGUAGAGAAGGUCUGACUGGACGCUGUUACUGGGAGGCUGAGUGGAGUGGGGUGGGGGCUGAUAUAGUAGUUACAUAUAAAGGCAUCAGCAGGAAAGGAGACAGUGAUGACUGUUGGUUUGGAUGCAGUAAUCAGUCCUGGAGUCUGUACUGCUCUGACAGUGGUCAUUCUUUCAGCCACAAUAAGAAGAAAAUUGCUGUACCAGCCUCCGGCUUCAGUUCCCACAGGGUAGGAGUGUAUCUGGACUGGGAAGCCGGCACUCUCUCCUUCUUCAGCGUCUCACCUGAUACACACAGGUUGACCCACCUACACACUGUCCACUCCACAUUCACUCAGCCACUUUAUGCAGGGUUCUGGCUUGGGUCUUUCUCCUCAGUUUGCGUCUGUGAGAUAAAAUAGUUGACUGUGGAUUUUUCCGGUUAUAACUUGUCAUGCUGCAAAGCGAGCGGAGCAAAUUUACUUAAGAUUCAAAACAUGUUGUAGCUUAUGUUACAUAACAUCUUAUGGCAUUAUGUAUUUUGUGCAUUACGUUGUUAUGUAUGUAUUAUUUUGUACUUUUUUGCAGAAAACAGAAGAGCAAACACAUCCGAUUCACAGGUUUGGGAGGGUUAAUUUAAAAGUGUAUUGUGCUACAUGUUACAGAUUAUCUGUUACACAAUGUCAUUGCAACCUAAUCCAGAAGAUUAUUAUUAUUUGUAUUUGUCAAAAUCCACAUAUUCAAAUAAAUAUGAAAGAAAUUCA